CCUUGGGAGUGACUUAAGUCAGACAAACAGUGUUUAAUUUAUAAAAAAAAUCAAACAAUCAAGAUGAAUAAGUUGGUGAUCUUUGGACUUUUGGUGGCAUCAGCCAUGGCUAUACCAACUCCUGAUACUAACUCUGGAAAUUUGGAUUGUUUUGGACUUGAAGAUUCUGUAUUAAGCUGUAUUGCCAUCAAGGCUAACACUAUGCUUGCAAGGGCUGCUAGAUCUGCCAAUCUCGAACUCAUUGAUGGAGUUGCUUUCGUUAGAGAUACACCUUUGGAACGAUCUGGAAAAUCAAUGAAAUCAGAAACUGAGGUGAUGAAUGAACUUCCCAAAGACUCAUCUGAACGUGCAUUGACACUUGGAACAAUGCUUUACGAUUCGAUUAUCUCUUUCUUGAAGAGCCACAGUCUCAAAGUCCAUUUCCCUGAAGAAACCAUUGCUCGCACCAUUACUGAAGGACGUACCAAGUUAACCAAGACUCUCAAAUUAGCCCCCGUGAUGAUCGGUUUGGCAGUUAAGCUCUUCGCUCUUGCUCCCAUCCUAUUCGGUGGACUCAGUCUCUUGGUUUUCAAAGCUAUCUUCCUUGGUAAACUCGCUCUCAUAAUUGCUGGAGUCCUCCUCUUCCAAAAAUUGUUCAGCGGUGCCAGCGUACCAAGUGUCUUCGGAAGCAAUAUCUUUGGAAAGAAUUCCGCACCUGCACCUACUACUUUCUACGAUGCUGGUGGUGCCCAAAGCUGGCCAGCAACUGCAGUUCAACAACCUGGACAGAGCUACUACAAGAGAAGCUUCGAAGAUACAUCAAAGACUGCUCAAAAUCUAGCAUACUCCGCACAUGUGCCAUCUGAAAACACUAAUUAAAUUAUUUAAAAUUAUAAUUCGCAAUUUUUGUAAUAUUCUAUUCGACUGUUAUAUAUUUAAUAUUUAUUUAUGUAAUGAAUGAUUCACAAGGCCUUUUGUACUGUUCUUAAAUUAUUUUGAAAAUGA